AGAUUAUUUCAUUUGGUGGGAACUAUUAGGUCACUUUCUAAAUGAGAACACUGGCACGGAGAGAUGAAGCCUGAGGUGUCCUUGUUAGGAGCCCUCUGAGUUGGAAAUAACUCCGCAGACUGGUUCUAGAGUCAGUACUCCGCACUACUGCUCCACAAUGUUUCUAUGCCUGACUCUGGACUUGUAGGAGGAAGUGUGUGUAUUAUUCAUCGUCUUAUGCUCGCAACCAUGUAAGUGCUUUAUAGUUGUUUCUUAAUUCAAUGAAUGAACUUUUGCUAGGCAGCCAGGACAGUGCCACUCCAGGACUGGUGCCCAGCAACAGCCACUCCUAGGGGAAGAAGACAAACUUUCCUCGCAGAACUGCGCUGCCGGCCCAUCGGUUCCCAACCAGGGCUCACGAGUAAGCACCAACAGGUCUGUGUCUGCACCAAGAGGGAAAGGCGCAGCAGACAGCGCCCUGCACAAACCAGAAAAACUGCCCUCCUCUGCUCAGAGCCCACGGCAGGGCACAGUCCCAGCGCUGCUCUGCCCUGCAGGAGCGAGGAGAGUCUCCCGCGGCCCCAGUGCGGUCACUCUCUGGCCUCGCCCCUUCGCUUGCCUUCCCUGCCCUCCCGCUGCCUGAGGUCUGGCGGGCGCUCCCCUCCUGGUGGGUGGAGUGUGAAGCCCGGAGGCAGCGCGGACUCUGCGCCCGCAGGUGUGUUGGUCCUGCCUCCCAGGGGAGCUGCUCGGCUCUUCUCAGCCGGCCCAUGGAAGGGGCCGAUCCCUCGUCGCCAGGAGAGGAGCUGGAGCUCUCGGUGCUCCAGGAGCCGCCGGAGGAGCAGAGGCCUCUCAAUGGAGCCCUCCAGGUCCUGCCUGCUUCGGCCGACGACCCCAGCCCAGCCCAGGCCAAGAAGGAAAGUCCCUGGAGCUCCUGCAAUAAGAAUUUGGUUGGCAAGUGUAAACUGUGGAUGGUCAUCACCUCCGUUUUCCUGGGCCUCAUUAUAGUGAUCAUCCUUGGUUUAUGUCUUAGUGGAGUAACUUAUGUUGAUGAAGAUGAAAAUGAAAUAAUUGAGUUGUCGUCAAACAAAACAUUCUUCAUCAUGCUCAAAAUUCCAGAAGAAUGCAUUACAGAAGAGGACUUGCCUCACCUGCUCACCAAAAGGCUUGCAGAUGUGUACAGUAAAUCGCCAUCUCUGAGUCGUUAUUUCACUUCAGUUGAAAGAGUGGACUUCAGUGGUGAAAACGCCACGGCAACCUAUCACCUGCAGUUUGGAGUUCCGUGGGAUGAUGAUAACUUUCUGAAGUAUAUGAUGAGUGCGGAGCUUUUACUGGGUGUUUUGCUACAGGAUUUCCACGAUAAGAGUGUACCUCAUUGUGAGAGUCUGGGACUCGAUCCAGCAUCUCUCUUGCUCUAUGAGUGAAGUGGUGGAGGCUGGUCUGUGUCAGAAAGUUCUCCUCUGAGUUUUUGGAGAUGAAAAGAAUUCAUUCUUUUUUACAGAAAAAAUCCUGUGAUAAUGACCAGAGCGUGGAGACUGUCCUUCCUCCUGAUUCUGCACAAUUAGGAAGUCUGAAUCCACACCCAGCAAGGCAGCUUCCAAGCGCUGCCCUAAUUGAGUUCAGUCUUGACAAAGCAGGAAGUCAGAUGGGUGGGAGGGUAGGGUCAGGGGUGGGUCACUUUGUGUGUGGGCCCUGCAGUUCUUGAGGCUCUGUCCCUCUCUAUCCACAUGUGGAUGCUUUCUCUUUAGCACAAGGAUAGUGCAGUGUCUUGUUUUAGACAGGUUCCUGUCAGCCUGAGUUGGGGCAGGGAGAAACAAGGUCCAGGGGAGGGAGAAGGCAACCAAUUACUCAUUAAAAUCUCCACCUCCUCCCACCAUGAUAGAGUACCUGGGUAUCUUAGCAAACCAGCCUUAAGCACAUCACCAGUUUACUUUUACAUACACAGACACAGAAAUAAGAUAGAUAUUUCCUAAUUAUUUCGCAUCUGCUUUUCCCUGUGACUCCUAAACACCUCUUUGGAAACUCGAGGGCCUGUGGGUUUUGAACGUGCUACCAUCAUUUUACACUGUCACCCCAUUUAUAUUUUUAUAAAUUUCCAUCAAAUAACCAUUAAGAUUGCUUAACUUCUGCUGUGGAUAUCACACCUUUGCUUUGUAUUACCUGUGUUACCAGCCUUCUUGUGGAACUCAGUGUCUUGGGGCAUUGAUGGUGUGACUUAUCUCACUUGGCCGUGAAACAGGAAGAACUAUGGUCCUUUUGACAUAAACUGUUAGGAGCUUAUGCCUUCAUUUGAGGGAAGGAGGAAUGUUAGGCACUGAUCAGUCUUCUAUGGAUGUAGAAUUGUCUGUCAUGAAGGAACAGAAUAUUUGUUUUCUUGGGAAAAUUACCUUGGUGCAAGGAGAAACAGUUGUGUGGUCCUAUAAUGAGAGAUUCUGCAGUAUCUCAGUUAAAUUAGCCUUGGGUGGAAGUCUGUGAGGGGCAGCUAUUUAUGGGUGUGUGCUGGAGUGUAGAUGUGACUUGAGCCAGGAUUAUGGAUAAUGUGAAUUUGCUUUCUUAUUUAACUGGAAAAUAUAUGUGUUAUAACUCAUUAUCUCUUUAUAAGGAUAGUUCCUUAAAUUAGUGAACUUUUCUUCUUCCUCUUUAUUUUUCACAUGUUAAAUGUGAACCUUAGUGUGUUUGUACUUUUUGGAAAAUAACUAACAGUUUUAAUGGAGAAUGACUUUAAAAACAUUUACAAUAAAUUUUUGCAUCUGCA